AUGUCCGAACAAGCACCGAAGCCAAACUCAAUGGCAGAUGUCCUUUCAAGGUUGCCAGACAAACGCCCAGUUCAAAUUCAAAUUGCCCAAUUGAACGCUCAUCUGACAAACACCAUUAAGACUCUCCAAAGUAGUCUUAUGGAAGAGAUAACCAAUCUCAAAGUCGAAGUCCUCACGAACCAAGCUUCCAAUAAGAAAGUCCUGAACGAUUUCGCGGAAACCUUGCGCCAAUACAACAUAGAGAACCAAAACCUUGCCAGACUCAUCUACCGUUUCUUCGAAGAGAUAGACGCCAUCUGGAAGGUACUCGGAAAGGACAGAACAUGCAACACCGUACUUCGUGAACACAGAAUUGAAGAAGGAAUUUUCGAGGAAGAAGAGGAAGAAAAGAAACACGAAGAAGAAGAGGAAGAAGAGAAACACGAAGAAAAGGAAGUUUGGGCAACCCUUGUUGUCAACCCCACUACUUUUUUUUUUUUUAGUGGGGCCUCCAGGCACUUCGUGCCCUCUAGCCCUGAAGAUGUUUAG